AUGAGCAAUCACUUCCUUGUAGCCGCAGCCAUCUUUGCUUUUGCAUUCUCACUAGCAUAUGCCUCUGACCCCGCCCCUCUUCAGGACUUUUGUGUUGCCAUUAAUGACCCCAAUUCAGCUGUGUUCGUGAAUGGGAAGUUUUGCAGGAACCCGAAGCUGGCCACAGCCAAUGAUUUCUUCUUUCCAGGGUUGCAAAUUGCUAAAAACACAUCGAAUCCAGUUGGGUCAGCAGUGACUCCAGUAACUGUUGAUCAAAUAGCAGGACUCAACACUCUUGGCAUAUCCGCAGUCCGAAUUGACUUCGGAGUAAAUGGCCUAAACCCACCCCACACGAACCCACGCGGAUCUGAAAUCUUUGUUGUCUUAGAAGGUACCAUCUACGUUGGGUUCGUCACCUCCAAUCCUAACAACACUCUCUUCACUAAGGUCUUGAAUCCUGGUGAUGUUUUUGUGUUCCCAAUUGGUCUCAUUCACUUCCAACUCAAUGUUGGAAAGACUAAUGCAGUAGCUUUGGCCGCCCUGAGCAGCCAAAACCCGGGAGUCAUCACCAUUGCAAACGCGGUCUUUGGAUCGAAACCACCCAUUUCUCCGGAUGUUCUAAUCAAGGCAUUCCGACUGGACAAGAACGUUAUUGACUAUCUUCAAUCCCAGUUCUGGUAUUACAAUUAG